GAGGGUAAAGAAAAGAUAAAGCUAGAAAUUCUUAAACAAAAUAGAGAGAGAGAGAGUAAUAAGCUAAUAACUAAAGGUAGAAAAAAAAAAGUCAUAAACCAGAGGGCAAAAUAAUUUGGAAGAAGUUGAAGUUGAAGUUGAAGACAAGCAGGAGACAGCUUAGCACAUGAAGAUGAAGUGAAGUAUAAAUAACGCGCUCUCUCUUCUCUUCUCAGAGCUCAUUGUUUCUAGUUCAACCAGGAAGCAGCUCCACAGAGAAUUGAAACAGCAUAACCUUAAGGAUUACUGUCAUCAUCUGUGGUCAAAUGUACAAGUUGGAACUAACAGGAACUGGAGUUCUUAGUAUGAGGGUUGUUGGUUAGAGUGCCUCUUGUAGUUGAUUAUUUGUUGGUCACGAUGAAGGGUAGUGAUGGGAAAUCAAUCAUAACCCAGCCAGAAAAGUGCAGGAUUGUCCCAAUGGCAAUAAUAUUUGUGUUGAUAUGUGGAUUUUCUUUCUAUAUGGGUGGAAUCUUUUGUUCUGAGAGGAAUAGAUUUCUCUUCAUCAGCGGCCAGAAGUCCCUUGAACCCUCCAAGGAUUUAUCCUCAGUAGGUUCUGUGCAGAUGAAGUCCAUCAGUUUUCCCGAAUGUGGCGUUGACUAUCAAGACUACACACCAUGCACCGAUCCAAGGAGAUGGAGGAAGUAUGGCUCCUACCGGCUUACUUUGUUGGAACGCCAUUGCCCUCCGAUUUUUGAGAGGAAGGAAUGCUUAGUUCCUCCCCCAGAUGGGUAUAAGCCCCCCAUUAGAUGGCCAAAGAGCAGAGAUGAAUGUUGGUACAGAAAUGUUCCAUAUGAUUGGAUUAACAAGCAGAAGUCCAAUCAGCAUUGGUUGAAAAAGGAAGGCGAGAAAUUCCUCUUUCCUGGCGGAGGUACCAUGUUCCCCAAUGGAGUUGGUGAAUAUGCUGAUAAAAUGCAAGAUCUUAUCCCAGAAAUGAAAGAUGGGACUAUUAGAACUGCCAUUGAUACUGGCUGUGGGGUUGCUAGCUGGGGUGGGGACUUGCUUGAUCGCGGGAUUCUUACCGUUUCUCUUGCACCAAGAGAUAACCAUGAAGCUCAGGUGCAAUUUGCUCUGGAGCGUGGUAUUCCAGCAAUUCUUGGCGUCAUUUCUACCCAGAGACUUCCAUUCCCAUCAAACUCCUUUGAUAUGGCUCAUUGCUCCAGAUGCCUUAUCCCAUGGACAGAAUUUGGUGGAGUUUAUCUCCUUGAAAUCCACCGGAUUCUUCGUCCUGGAGGAUUUUGGGUCUUGUCUGGCCCACCAAUCAACUAUCAGCGCAGGUGGCGAGGGUGGAACACAACUAUCGAAGAGCAAAGAUCAGAUUAUGAGAAAUUGGAGGAGUUGCUGAAAUCCUUAUGCUUUAAAAUGUAUAAUAAAAAGGGUGACAUUGCUGUGUGGCAGAAGUCUCUGGAUAAUAAUUGCUAUAAUAAGCUGGCCAGAGAUACUUAUCCACCAAAAUGUGAUGAUAGUCUCGAGCCAGAUUCAGCAUGGUAUACUCCACUUCGAGCUUGUAUUGUGGUUCCCAAUUCAAAGUUUAAGAAAUCAGGUUUAACUUCCAUUCCUAAGUGGCCGGAGCGGCUGCACACGAUGCCCGAGCGGAUUUCAAUGGUUCACCGUGGGAGUGCUAGUUCUUUUAAACAUGACGACAGUACAUGGAAAAAGCGUAUCGAGCACUACAAGAAAUUGCUCCCUGACCUUGGGACAGAUAAGAUAAGAAAUGUGAUGGACAUGAACACGGUAUAUGGAGGUUUUGCUGCAGCCUUGAUUAAUGAUCCUGUGUGGGUCAUGAAUGUUGUCUCAUCUUAUUCUACCAAUACGCUCCCCGUGGUCUAUGAUCGAGGCCUUAUUGGAACCUUCCAUGAUUGGUGCGAAGCGUUUUCAACAUAUCCUCGUACAUAUGACCUGCUUCAUCUUGAUGGACUCUUCACUGCAGAAAGCCACAGAUGUGAAAUGAAGUAUGUGUUGCUGGAAAUGGACCGGAUUCUAAGGCCAAAUGGGUAUGUAAUCAUUCGUGAGCACGGUUACUUUGUGGAUAGCAUUGAAGCCAUUGGCAAGGGUAUGAGAUGGGAAUGUCACAAAGAGAACUCUGAGAAAGGUGAUGAGAUGGUGAAGGUUUUGAUAUGUCAGAAGCAGCUUUGGUAUGCAUCCAAUAAUGGUUCAAGAUGAUGUUAGAGUAGUAGUGAUGUGAUACCUCCAAGGAGGGAAACAAAUUCAAAGCUUUGGUAUGCAUCCAAUGAUUGAUUCUAGUACAAAUGGAUGGUUAACUCCGAUAAUCCGGUUUUGUUCAUUUAUAGAGAGAGAAUUUUCAUACACUAUAGGUAUAAUAUAGAUAUAUAUAUUCUUUAUAUGUGUUGAAAUGUUUCUGAUCCCCAAGGCCACCUUACUUUUCUCUAAUAGUUUGUUUGUGUAAUAUCAAAGUGAAUUCAUGUUAAGGUGUGAACAUUUCAAAGCCCCUAAGUAUGUAAUUUUCCCAAGUGCCAGUGCUACAACUUUGACAUUUUAUUUAACACUCGGGGAAUGUUUUACACAUAAAUAGAAAAUAGUACUUGUAUCAUUAUUGAGC